AUGAAACAUGGAUAUAGCACUCUGCAGUCGACAGAUAAAGAUUCAAUGAGGUGGAGACAGGUUUUUAGGAGUCUAGUUUAUGUUUUCUUUCUUUUAUUUAUUUUGAGCUUCCUCUUGCUUUCAACUACCCUUUGUUUGUUUCCCUUAGUUGCCUUUUCUCGAUCAUCAACCACUUUCACUUCCAACUAUCCCACUGUCCUCCCCACAACUACUCAUAAUAAUGAUGAUGAUGUACCCCCUCCCGCACUGGACAUGCACAUGAUUCUCAGUGUUCUCCCGGGAGGUGGAAGCAUAUACUUAGCUGAUCUUGGGAACACCAAAUGCCCAAACAGAGUCAUGCACAACAGUUCUGGUGAAUUUGAUCACAGCACGCCCAUGACAUUUUUUACUAUGCAACUUGGAGGUCAUGAAAACCAAGACGUUAGUAUAAUGUUAUCUACUCCAACUUCUAAGCUAUGUGCUAAAGAAAUUGUUUGGAAAGUUGGUGAUUACUUCAUAACACUGCAUCCACCACCUAGGUUCGUUGUAACUGGUGGUACCUAA